AUGGCACCAAAAAAGAAAUCGAAAGGAAGCAAAGGCGGCCGUACGAGUGCCGGGAUUGUGGAUGGCGUUUCCAUGGCUGAGAUGUCCAGAGAACAGCUCGAAGGGUUCGCUGCUAGAAUGAAGAAAGAGUUGGAACGUGAGAGAGAAGAAAGGAACUUUUUUCAACUUGAAAGAGAUAAAGUGUUAACGUUUUGGGAAAUCACGAGACAUGAGUUGGAAGAAAACAGAGCGUCAUUGAGAAACAAAGACAGAGAGAUUGAAGAUAUAGAGGAAAAGCACCAGGAAGAAAUCAAAGUUUACAAACAAAAGUUGAAACUUUUGAUGUACGAACAGCAUGUGCACCUAUCAGAAGUACAAGCUGAAAAUAUGGUUUCGUUGAAAAUUGCCAACGACGAACAUAUAAACGAAGAAGAAGAAUUAGUUAAAGAGAACGACGCGCUCAAACAAGAAAUCGUCGAGAUAAAUUUACGACACAUAGAGGAAAUCAACAAUAUUCGAUUGGAGCAUGCCAAAGUUAUGCGAGAACUGAAAGACAGAUUCAUUUCUGACUGUCAAGUGAUCGAAGGCAAGUAUCAGAAACGAAUGGAAGGCUUGAGGAAUCGAAUGGACUUGAAGAACAAAGUGGAAGUGGCUGAGACUGAGGCGAGAAAGAACAAGCGCAUAGCGGAAAUCAUAGAAGACCACAACAACGCUUUCAACAACUUGAAAGAACAUUACAAUGACAUAACUGUCAACAAUUUGACGUUAAUCGGCAGUUUGAAGGAAAAGUUAUUAGAAUUAAAAGAAGACCAGCAGAGAGCGGAAAUGGACCUGAAAGAAGUGACCAAAGAAAACGAAUCGUUAAGAGGACCUUUGAAAGAAGCACAAAUUACCGUUGAAGAAUUGACACAAAAAAUGUGUAAUUACUCAAAGGACAAACAACGAUUAAUGAUUCUUACGAAGCGGUUGAAACAUUCGAUCGAUAAGUACAAGGACCUCCAGGUGGAUUACGACGAGCUGAAAAUGAUUUCGGAGAAAGUGCAAGCCGAUUUAGACAAUGCGAAGGAAGAGUUUUUGGAAAAAAUAAUGCAUAUGCAGAUGGAGCAAGGGAAAAAGUUGUUAGCGAUUGAACGUCAGCUGAAACGAUCGAAAGAAAAUAUCGAGGAAAAAGAUGCACAGAUAGCCCGUCUGACCGGAGCCACGUCGGCUGACACUUCGAUCGCGAUGGCGAUGAAUGCAAAGACCGAGGUUUUGCUGGAUAAGAAAAACCGACUGAUCGAAAAGAUAUGGAACGACCUGGCUACUAUGAAGGAGAAAUACAAUGAGCUGUGUAAAAAUUUCAAAAUCACACUCCGACAUGCCGGGAUAGGAGACUACGACGACAGCGUUUUAGAAUUGGUACCCGCCGACGACAAACAUGAAUAUUUCGCAAACCUCUGA